AUGGGUACGUGGAGAAGCGGCGGAAAACACGGCGAGCAUGGCGAGUAUGGCGAGUAUGGCGAGUAUGGCGAGUAUGGCGAGUAUGGCGAGGCUAGGGUGUCGAAAGGUACAGUACAUACCAUCUACGGGGAAGUCUUCAAACUCGUCAUCUUCACCAACGACCGCCGCGGGCUUCUGAGGCUCCUCGACCUUGGUCUCCUCGGCGGGUUUCGCAGCGGCAGGCUUAGCUUCGGCUGA